AUGCCCACCGACUCCGACGACGAAGCCCUCUUCGCAGCCCUCGAAAACGAAGAGGACCCCAGCUACCGCGACACCCGCAUCCAACAACUAAACGCAGAAUUCGCCUCUGGCAAGAACAACCGCAGCACGGAUGCUCCCUCCUCCACCAGCACCGUUCCUCCCACUUCCACCUCUGCAACGUUGACGCACAACGACUCCUACCCAACCCUAACAACCGACCAAUCAGUGCUCGACCACACAACAUCCUCAACACGCAGUCUAAUCCACUUCUACCACCCGGACUUCACGCGCUGCUCGAUAAUGGACCGCGCACUGUCCCAACUAGCACCGCACCACCACGAAGUGCGCUUCGCGCGGGUAGACGUGCGCAACACGCCGUUCCUCGUUGAGAAACUUGGUAUCCGGGUGUUACCGUGUGUGAUUGGGUUUAAGGAUGGGGUUGGUGUGGAGAGGGUUGUUGGGUUUGAGGGGUUGGGGGAGAGGGGGUUUGAUGCUACGGAUAGUGGGUUUAGAGUUGGGGUUUUGGAGAAGAGAAUGGUUGGGAAGGGGGUUUUUGUGGGUGUUAAGGUUGGGGAGGGUGGGGGGGGAGUGGUGAGGAUGAGGAUGAGGAGGAUGAGGGGGGUAGGAGGAGGGGGAAUGGGUUUGGGUUUGCGGGGAGGAAGGGAAAGAGUAUUCGGAGUGGGAGGGUGA